UGUGUCCGCCAUGUUUGAUAGGGGCAGUGAAGCUCUGACCCAUGGAUGUAUUAACAGACGUGACUAGACCCAUGCCCUGAACCGUGACCGCGCUGAGGAUGUGCGCCCUGGAGCUGUGAGGAGCGGAGCGACGCACUGACACUACCCGGACAACUGCACAGAGGAGGCGGCAAAGACACAACAUGGUGCAGACGUGCUCUGCGUACGGCUGUAAAAACCGCUACCACAAAGACAAAGAGAUCUCUUUCCACAAGUUCCCUCUGGCGCGGCCGGACGUCUGUGACAAGUGGGUGUCAGCCAUGAGACGAGACAACUUCAGACCCACCAAGUACAGCAGCCUGUGCUCACAGCACUUCACCCAGGACAGCUUCAAGAGGGAGUGCAACAACCGCGUGCUCAAGGAGAACGCCGUGCCCUCCGUCUUCUCCUCCUGCCUGCGCAUCAAGCAUGAGUGCCGGGAGUCCUUUCCUCCUGAUCUGCACUUCCCUCUGCGCUCUGACCCUGGGGAGCAGGGGGAGGAGCCUGUGUCACAUGACCAGACAGCAGCAGUCUCAUGUGACCACAACUACACGGCGGAGGACUCUGCGUGGCAGAAGAAGCGUAUUGAGCAGCUAGAGGAGCAGGUGGAACGUCUGCGCAGACGCCUCAAGAGCAGCCAGCAAAGAUGCAGACGACAGGAGAGGCACAUCCGACGUCUGCGCAACACUCUGGGGCUGCCCGCGCUGCCCACAAGCCUGGACCAGAACUGACCCGUGUAGUUAUGUUUACCUGUGCGCCUGUUCUCAAACUGUGGUGCACACACUCCAGACUCUUGUGUAGUUCAGCAGCGCUCAAAGGACCUGUGCCCCGAUUCUGCAGUCCUAUACCUCUUCUCACUUCACAGCACACAGUGGUCUCAUUCAUACUUUAAGAGCUGCUUUAAAAUGUAUUUGUAACUUGGAGAAAAAUAAAUUAGUUCACAUACAUGGACAAACAUUGGGCUAACCUGACCCUGUUCCUAAACAUAACCCAAACCUGAACCUAUUCGUUACAAAUGUCAAAAGAGAAAUCAACAUAAAACUGUAGAACGGGGGAACAAGUGAACCUCACAAGUGAACCUCACAAGUGAACCUCACAAGUGAACCUCACAAGUGAACCUCACAAAUGAACCUCACAAGUGAACCUCACAAGUGAACCUCACAAGUGAACCUCACAAGUGAACCUCACAAGUGAACCUCUCAUGUGAACC